GUCUCUACAUUCCCAUAGCCCAUGACCACAAUCUCUCCAAAUCAUCCGCUCCCAUGUCUCUCAGCUGCUGCUGGUUCGUGGUCUUCGUGGGGGUGUGGUGGCUGCCGCUGAUGCUCGUGGUGGCCGAGGACCAGCACGGGGAAGACUGCUUGGCCAUGAUGUGCGGGAACCUCACCAUCUCCGAUCCGUUCUGGCUCACCGACAAAGUGACUGGAAGAUCAUGCGGUUCUGCAGAUUCCUACCCGGACUUCGGUGUCGCUUGUAGCAACAACAGUUAUCCCACUCUGCGGAGCUCUAUACCCCUCAACAAUGGUUUUAGAAUCCUCAACAUCUCUUACGAGGAACGCAGCUUCCAUGCCGUUGAUCUCGGCAAGCUGGACGUGUUGAGCGCCACUGACAAGUGUCGUGCAGCGUUCUAUAACACCUCAGUCAAGCUGAACCACCGGUUCAAGAUUGCCCCCGUCAACCUGAACCUCAUCCUCUACAACUGCACGGAGGAGAGUGGAGCAGCGGCGGCGGCACGUCGGAACGGAGAGCUGGCGCAGACGAGAGUGAGCUGCGGGAACGAGUGGGCGGUGCUUGCACGCGCGGGAGUGCCUCACGACGUGACUGGGAAGUACGCCGGCUACGCUUUGGAGGGCUGUGAUGCUUCCGUCAUUCCAGUGCUGGGCUCGUCGGCAGGGGUGAACGCGAGCGACUAUGAGCAACUCUUCAAGGAUGGCUUCCUCUUGACAUGGGAUCGUCCGCCUGGUACUGGUAGCAAGGGGACUAGCAAGAACAUUAUUCUAAUAGCUGUGACAUCAGCCGCUGGAGCCUUGCUCUUUACAUGUAUUUAUGUCUUGGUAUGGCGCAAAAAAUGGAAAAGACUAAGGUUUCUCCUUUGCAAGAAGACUAGCAGCAACACCGAAAAGAAUUAUGAGGCCAUGAUAGUAUCGUACGGAUCCCUAGCUCCAAAAGGAUACAUGUAUUCAGAGGUAAUGAAGAUAACAUCUUCUCGCAAUGAUCAGCUUGGAAAAGGAGGUUAUGGUGUUGUUUUCAAAGGAAGACUGCAUGAUGGUCGUCUGGUCGCAGUAAAAUUCUUGCAUGACUGCAAAGGAAAUGGGGACGAGUUUGUUAAUGAAGUUAUGAGCAUUGGCAGGACCUCUCAUGUUAAUGUUGUUAGCUUAUAUGGGUUUUGUUUGGAGGGGUCAAAGCGAGCUCUUAUAUAUGAGUACAUGCCCAACGGUUCCUUGGAUAAGUACAUUUAUUCAGAGCACCCCAAAGAAAUUUUAGGAUGGGAGAGGCUUUAUGGGAUAGCUAUAGGGAUUGCUCGUGGCCUCGAAUACUUGCACCAUAGCUGUAAUACACGUAUCAUCCAUUUCGAUAUCAAGCCCCAAAAUAUCCUUCUAGACAAAGAUUUUAGCCCAAAGAUUGCUGAUUUUGGUCUAGCUAAAUUGUGUCAUACAAAAGAGAGCAAGGUUUCAAUGACUAGUACUAGAGGAACAAUUGGAUUCAUCGCCCCAGAAGUCCACUCGCGAACCUUUGGAGUGGUUUCAACAAAAUCGGAUGUUUAUAGUUAUGGAAUGAUGCUUCUAGAAAUGGUUGGAGGUAGGAGAAACGUAAAAUCAAUUGUUGCAAAAUCCAGCGAAAAGUAUUUUCCAGACUGGAUUUAUGACCACUUUGCACAAGAUGAUGGAUUACAAGCAUGUGAAGUCACGAGUGGAAUUGAGGAAAUCGCAAGAAAGAUGACAUUAAUUGGCUUGUGGUGCGUACAAAUAUUGCCUGCAUAUCGCCCUACCAUAACCAAAGUUCUAGAAAUGUUUGACAGAAGCUCAGAUGACAUGGACAUGCCACCGAAGCAAAACUUCUCUGGAUUGCUUGAAAGUUCAGCUCACAAUAUGGAUGUACAGAGUUCAAGUUCUACCAGAUCUGAGGAGAUCAGCCUUGUGAAUUCAAAAAUCCUACAACAAUAGCCAACUCUUUGAACAGAUAGGUCGUGUGAAUCAAAGAACCUACAUUCAUUUCAACACUGUGAGAUGGUGGCCCUGUCGUAGAGUACAUUCAGAAAUUGAACAAGCACAGCAAAAUUUGGCAUUGUAGUAGAACAUAUAUAGUACAUUUAUGCAUGACAAGAGUCAAGAGCACCCUCA